AGUGAUCCUUAACAAAAUAAAAGCAUCUUUACCACAUGGUUAGUUUUGAUUGACCAUUCCUAAGCCUCUUUAGCAUAUACUUCAAUAUCACCUCAUUCCUCCUGCCAAAACAAGUACUAUAUAUUUACCUCUUGAUAGAUUCUCUAGCAUGUCACCUCUCUAAAUUAACAUUCAAAACUAGCUCACCCCAACUGACAUGGAACCAAUCAAUUGUCGGCAUCCUGAAUUGGCUCCGAGCGGAGGCACCCCUCUGCCGGAGAGUCCUCGAGUUCCUAUGGAGUUUCUGUCAAGGUCAUGGAGUGCCUCAGCUCUUGAAGUUACAAAAGCUCUUGCACCUCAACCACCUCUUUUUUCAUGCAUACCUUCCAUUAAUAGCCAUACUACUUCUAUUCCUGAAGAAAGCAGUUACCAUUCUAUCUCUGAUGACCUCUCAACAUUGUCUAAAAAUCAGUUCUCUUUUGCUUCCUCUGCUACUUCACAGCUCGUCCUCGAGCGCAUUAUGUCACACUCUGCUAGAGAGGAAGUGUCACCGUUAACGUCAGGUAGAUUAUCUCACAGCAGCGAGCCUUUGAAUGGCGGUGGUUCAUUAACCGGAACAGACAGUCCACCGAUUUCUCAUUCAGAUGAAUUUGACGACGUUGUUAAGUUUUUUCGAUCAAACAAUUCAAUUCACCCAUUAUUCAAUGGUGGAAGAGCAAAUGGGGCUAUUGGAAUUGGAAAUGGUACUGCUUGUUCAGGACCUAAAACAGUUGGAAGGUGGUUGAAAGAAAGGAGAGAAAAGAAGAAAGAGGAAAGCAGAACACAUAAUGCUCAGCUGCACGCGACAAUUACAGUGGCUGCUGUUGCUUCUGCUUUAGCAGCCAUUGCGGCCGCUACAGCUGCCUCAUCGACAUCAAACAAGGACGAGAAGAUGGCUAAGACAGACAUGGCUGUUGCCUCGGCUGCCACAUUAGUUGCUGCACAAUGUGUUGAGGCUGCUGAAGCAAUGGGAGCUGAGCGCGAGCACCUUGCUUCUGUGGUCAGCUCGGCUGUAAAUGUCCGUUCACAUGAUGAUAUCACUACUCUUACUGCUGCAGCUGCCACAGCUCUUCGAGGAGCAGCAACAUUAAAAGCAAGAGCUCUGAAGGAAGUAUGGAAUAUUGCUGCUGUAACACCACUAGAGAAAGGAAUGGGGGGUAUGACAGUAUGUGGAAAAGCUAAUAACAUAAACAACAGCACCAGUGACAGUGGAGAAAUUGUGAAUGGAGAUAAUUUUUCAGGUUCCGGCAUCCAAGAGCUACUUGCUAAGGGCAGUGAAUUACUCAAACGCACUCGCAACGGUGAUUUGCAUUGGAAAAUAGUUUCUGUUUACAUACAUAGAACAGGACAGGUAAUGCUGAAAAUGAAGAGCAAACUUGUUGCAGGAGCUAUUACUACCAAAAAGAACAAGAAUGUUGUGCUAGACGUGUGCACGGAUUUACCGGCAUGGCCAGGAAGAGAUUUAUUAGACGAUGGAGACAAACGACGCUACUUUGGAUUGAAAACAGAUUUGAGGGGAAUCGUGGAGUUUGAGUGUAGAAAUCAAAGAGAAUAUGAUAUAUGGACUCAAGGGGUCUCUAGGCUUCUCUCAAUCGUUUCACAAAGAGAAAACAAGUGCAACAAUUAAACCUCUCAUUUUGUUGGUUGUUAUCAUUGUUGAUUGCCAAAUUUAAUUGAAUGUACUAAGCAUGUGUGUUUAUUAAUA